AUGAAUCAUCUUAAGACGCUGUCACUCAGUGGUAUCUAUCAUAAUGACUUCUACUCAACAUUAUCGUCGAUGGAAUCAACUACAAAGGUAAUAUCUAUUAGGAUUUUUUUACAUAAUCUCAGUGAACGUCCCUCUGCAUCACGUGGUUUUGCUCAGUUCGUCUGUAAGAUGAAUCAUCUGAAGAACCUGACACUCGAUGGUAGAUAUCAUGAUGACUUCUACUCUACAUUAUCGUCGAUGGCAUCAACUACAAAGAUUGAGACUCUUCAUAACCGGCGUGAGAAUCUCAGUGAACGCCCCUCUGCAUCACGUGAUUUCGCUCAGUUCAUCUGUAAGAUGAAUCAUCUGAAGAACCUCACACUCAGUGGUAGCUAUCAUAAUGACUUCUACUCAACAUUAUCGUCGAUGGCAUCAACUACAAAGAUUGAGACUCUUCAUGACCGGCGUGAGAAUCUCAGUGAACGCCCCUCUGCAUCACGUGAUUUCGCUCAGUUCAUCUGUAAGAUGAAUCAUCUUAAGAACCUGACACUCAGUGGUAGCUAUCAUGAUGACUUCUACUCAACAUCACUGUCGAUGGCAUCAACUACACAGAUUGAGACUCUUUGGCAUGAUGAGGAUCUCAGUAAACGCCCCUCUGCAUCACGUGAUUUCGCUCAGUUCAUCUGUAAGAUGAAUCAUCUUAAGAACCUGACACUCGAUGGUAGCUAUCAUGAUGACUUCUACUCAGCAUCAUCGUCGAUGGCAUCAACUACAAAGAUUGAGACUCUUCAUGACGGGUGUAAGAAUCUCAAUGAACGCCCCUCUGCAUCACGUGAUUUCGGUCGGUUCAUCUGUGAGAUUGAUUAUCUUAAGAACCUGACAAUCAGUGGUAGCUAUCAUGAUGACUUCUACUCAGCAUCAUCGUCGAUGGCAUCAACUACAAAGAUUGGGACUCUUCAUGACCGGCGUGAGAAUCUCAGUGAACGCCCCUCUGCAUCACGUGAUUUCGCUCAGUUCAUCUGUAAGAUGAAUCAUCUUAAGAACCUGACACUCAGUGGUAGCUAUCAUGAUGACUUCUACUCAACAUCACUGUCGAUGGCAUCAACUACACAGAUUGAGACUCUUUGGCACGAUGAGGAUCUCAGUGAACGCCCCUCUGCAUCACGUGAUUUCGCUCAGUUCAUCUGUAAGAUGAAUCAUCUUAAGAACCUGACACUCAGUGGUAGCUAUCAUGAUGACUUCUACUCAACAUCAUCGUCGAUGGCAUCAACUACAAAGAUUGAGACUCUUUGGCACGAUGAGGAUCUCAGUGAACGCCCCUCUGCAUCACGUGAUUUCGCUCAGUUCAUCUGUAAGAUGAAUCAUCUGAAGGAACUGAAACUCGAUGGUAGCUAUCAUGAUGACUUCUACUCAACAUCAUCGUCGAUGGCAUCAACUACAAAGGUCAUAUCCAUUAGGAUGUUUUUACAUGUAAAACAGUAAUACAAGCAAACCAUAUAAGUUCAGAUUUUUUAAUACCCCUCAUGAUAUUGACGUCAAGUUAUCUAAUCAGGCUAUGAUGCUUCAUAUAUAAAGAGAAAUUGUCGAUUAAUAGUCAGUGACCCAUGAACCAAGCAUUUAUUUAAAUCUUUCGGUCAUUAUGC